ACCGACCGCGAAGGACACAACCAAAGAACCCAAAACUCAUUCGAAAACGGACACCGAAGAACCAAAGCGAUGGAGGUACUUCUACUCUCAACCGAUAGCAACUUGCCAUUUGCACUCGACUCAGCUAAAGUUGCCAAGAAAACGACACUACUUCGAGUAGCAGACAAGAAGAGUGACAGAACCUGCACCAGAUGCGGCAAAGUCCUGGCCACCUCGCUUGCCCUUCAGAACCAUCAGAACAAAGUGUUUCUGUGCGACCAGAAAGGAGUGCGCAAUGCCAAGAGGGAUGUGAAGGUAACGAGCAUUUUUCACCGCUGCAGGAGGUGUGAGAAAACGUUCUCAAGUGCUGCAGGGCUUCGCUAUCACAUUGCAAAAGCUGUUCCUUGCGAAGCCAGACAAACUGUUGGCCUUAAAAGGCCGCUGCAAUUGAAGAGAAGCAACAAUGUUACUAAGCUCCUCAAGCCUGUGACCUCCUCACUAGACCUUAGCCAGCCUAAGCUGCGUGUCAACUCUGGACCUGAGCAACUCGACCAAGGCUCCAAAACUGCAAAGCUCUCCAAAUCCGACAAGGCAAUACGAUCCAAGAUAUCACUUGAUGAGUAUCUGUCGGUGGUAAAGGAGAAUCAACGCCAACCUAAGCAGAAGCCACCGGCAACUCGACCCGCGGUUUCUCGCGACUCUAAGUCAACAAUUUCUGCAUCGAACUCGUUGAUUAAGCGAAAGCGAAUCGCUGAAGAUAAGAGAGAGAUGUCCCCCAUGAGAGAAUCUAACAAGCGGAUGUGCAGUGAACCAUUUACCACGUUAGCUGCACAGAUUUCCAAGAGUAGCUCUUCGCCAGAUUCACUUCCAAGCAAGCCGAUUAACGCUACUACUACUUCCGCGAUCUCGUCUCAAGAACGAAAGCCUGUUCAAGUUCAUGGUGGCAAUAUUCUAACCGAUGGCUGCUGUUGUCGCCAGUGUGUUAGGAAGUGGACUUGCAAUAUGAUGAAUCGACUAGAGUAUCUCAACGACGAAGUGACCAGCUUACGGAAGUUAGUCAGACCUGAUCAAACCACCAAACCAGCCACAACGAAACUUCCUCCAGCAUCAGCUGAAUCCAACAUAAAGGUAAAAUCUGAUGUGGCGUGUGGAGAUACAACGAAAAAGCAAUCCGACCAAGCCUCGUUGCAUUCUCGAAAUGAUCAACCCAGGCGUACAUUGACGAAAACCAACAAAGAACCUUUAGUGGUCUCUACAUGUACGUCAAGUGUGAACAAUGUUGAUGGAGUUGACUUGGAUUCCCCGGCGGCGAACGAUUCGGUUGCUAUCAAGUUGAUAGAAAAGUACAAUCGCCUGAACUACCAAAUAAUAACAAACGAAAGAGCUCUCGAGGAUUCGGUUGCCUACUUGAAGGAAACGCCUCGAGAUGCCCAAACUAGCAGCUCGGAGGUGCAUAGUCAACUUGACGAAUUACGCGUUUACAUCGACAUCGAGAAGAGCAAGCGGGACGAGGCAGUUGCAGCAGUAAUUGCUCAACAAUGGAACAACCGCAAGGAUGAGUUCCGUCUUUUGCUUGAAACUAUGACAGUGAAGAGCAAGCCGAGUGCUCAAAAAGCGUUUCACGAAGAGUGUGCUGAAAUUACGAGCCAAUUGGGCGAAAAAAUCAAAAUACUCUCCACUAUCAACACAAGAGAAUCCUCGCACGGCGUCGAUGCGAAAUAUGCGGUCGAGAGAACUGCGAAGCAAUAUUUAGAGCGACAGCGUGAUGAUAUUUUCAUGUGUAUGAUACGAACUAGCCCCCGUAUCCAUUUACUUACGAAAGCGAAACUAGAUGAGACCACUAAGAAAAUGUAGAAAUAUCUAGGCAUUUAUCAA